GAUGGCCAGCGGAACGGCUCCCCAGUAUCCUUACGGGAAGCACCCACAGGGAAGCAUUGGAUUCGGCACGAAAGAAUUGGUAAACGGAAACAAUCUCGAGAGCUGUCCGGUGGGAAGUUUUUGGACAAGUUUGAAGCAGUUGCUAGCCGAGACAUGUGCCCGGUCGUCUCCAGGAUAAUGCUCCGCACGGUAAAUAUCCUCGAGAGUCAUUCGGAACUCAUCGUAAACGUGCUGCCGAGAGGAAAUGAUAGCUCUUCAACGAACGAAACGGACCGCUCGGUGAAACAAGCGUACAGAAGCGUGGAGUGUGACGUGGACCCUUCCGAUCUGGGCGAACGCAUCGUCGGUGGACGGAAUGCACUGUACGGCGAUGCGCCGUUUCACGUGUCGUUGAGAAGCCUUUACCACGAGCGGCGGCACGGUUUCGGCAGUGGGUUGUUCUGUGGCGGGUCGCUGAUUACUGCCAGUCGCGUGCUGACCGCAUCGCACUGCUUCACCACGAAACCCUCCAACAUGGUGGUGGUGGCCGGUGUACUGAAUCGGUUCGAUCGAUCGAAGCGUAUGCAGCAGCGCCGUGUCUUGCGCUACCUGUCCCAUCCGGGCUGGCACGCAAGGACACUGGCCGCGGACAUUGGGCUUGUGGCGCUGGUGAGUCCUUUUCAGUGUGGUGGCGGUGUACAGCCGAUCGCACUGGCAAACCGUCCCCCGGUGGAUGGAGAGCCCUGUACCAUCUACGGUUGGGGUCAAACGGAGGAAGGUCGUAAGCAGCGCUUCCAGCCCGUCUGUCUGCAGAAGGCCAGUGUGAGCGUGCUGGGGUUGGAGCGGUGCAAUCGUUCGCUUCACACGGUCGUUACCGUGCCGGACGGUACGCUCUGUGCCGGGAGCUUCGACGGAGGGGUUGACUCCUGCCAGGGCGAUUCGGGCGGUCCGCUGGUUUGUGGAGGCGGCGGUGCACUUUAUGGCAUCGUUAGUUUCGGUUGGGGCUGCGGGAGGGCCAACUUCCCCGGUGUGUACACCGAUGUGUUCCAGUAUCGGGGCUGGAUUGUGGAGGCGCUGGACAGUGAUCCAAGGACGUGGAUUGGUGCCGGUGGCACGGUGGUCUUUGCCCCAGUACGCUGGAGCACUGCUGUGGGUGUAAUAAUAAUGUUUAGCACCGAGCUGCUGGUGCUACUGCCGUCGUAAACCGUCUGAACUGAGUGCCGUCGAGUCCAUUUUCUUCGAGUUUGGUGUUUGGUGGGCAGCAAAAUAAGGAACUGUCAAUUAUUCCGCGGAGAGUUUAGAAUCUAAAGGAGUUGUGGCACUAGAGCGUGCGAGCAAAGUGUCAGACUGGGGGGAAUUAUUUGGAGACCAAGAGGAACACAAACAUCACAAAAAUGGAGAACU